CCCAGCUAAGCUGACAUUAGUGAAGUUAUAAGAGACUUUCAGACUGAUAUAUUUACAUACACUGCAUUUCUGCACUAUACAGAGAUAAUACAUGUAUGAUAUUUUGGCAAAGAAAAAAGAAAAGGUAAAAUGGCAAGGGAUGUCAAGAGGACUCUAGCUGAAAAGUACAAGGAACAUUUCAACAAGGAAGACAAGUUCAAAUUGACCAUGAGAGAUGUUAACAAUAUUUUUCCCAUAUGGUUCAUCCUAACCAUGAUUGGUGCAUGUUACUAUGGACACUGUUAUGUGGCUCCAGUUGUGCAUUUAAGCUUUGAGAUCUCAUACACUGUUGAGAUGGUCAUGUAUGGAGUGAUGUAUGACAUCUUUGGAGAAAUGAUCGUCAACUGGUUAUGUGUACGCAUGGUGAAAAGCAUAUUUAAGGUUGAGGAUGAAAAGAAGCUAGCUGAUAGUAUGCCCAUACCUGAGUUACAGGAAAUUACACGUGAUGCAGAGUUACAAACUCCAGAUAAUGUAGAAAAUAAACAAGAAAAUGAAAGGACAAUUGAAAAUGGAGAAACAAUGGUGUGGAAGCGCUUCCGUGGCAACGGACAGAUAUAUGCAGUAAAGAUGAAAAAGAAUGACACAAAAGGGAAUAUAGACCCUGAAAAAACUGUGAUGUAUCCUUACUGGUCCUGGAAACCAUGUUUGAUAUGCCAGCAUAGCCGACCCCCGAGAACACACCAUUGUCCACUUUGUCAAGCAUGCAUGUUAAAACGCGACCAUCAUUGUUUUUUCACAGGUUCUUGUAUAGCAAUGAACAACCAACGUCACUUCAUCGUGUUUUCUUUCUGGUCUGUAUUGGCAACCUCAUUCAGCCUGAUCUACUCAUGUAUCUACAUCUACGUCAUUGUAUUUGAUCUUGGAAUUCUAGAAUUGUACGAUAUAUUCCUUCCACAAUUAUUUGUUGACUGGGUUGUGGGCAAUACAGAGUUUUAUCAAGUUAUCAUAUUCUUUCUCAUUUACUCAAUAGUGUUUUUCUGGGUGACAAGUUUUAAGUUCCUUCACGAUCAAUAUUCUCAAGUGAUGGCUGGAGUGACAUCUUUUGAGAAAGACAACAAGAUUAAGAUUCAGAAUACAAAUUCAUUUAAAGAAGAGUUGGAAUCAAUAUUUGGCCCAUUCUGGUACCUUAACUUCAUAGUUCCUCUACACCUACUAUUCCCUUUAAAGGACAAUGGAAAGGACUGGCCAAACAUCAAACAAUGAACAAUAAAUUAAAAAAUCAAAAUGCACUUUUUAUGAUGAGCAUUCAUCAUUCCACUUUUAUGUCAUCUGUGACACUUCCUAAUAUGGCUGAUCAUCUGUGACACAUUCUAAUAUGAUCAAACACACACCAAAUCACAAAGUUACAACAUUCCCCUUUAAGGGAAGUAGAAAACAUGUAUCUUGUUUUGACAUUAUACAUUUUCAAACGACCUAAAAAGUUCCUAAUCCAGAAAAACUAAGGAAGUGUUGUCAAAGAAGGGUUUACCAUUUAUCAAUGUUUCCUUACUUUGUCAAAACUUAAAUAAGCAUGAAAUGUAUAUGUAUCAUUGUUUAUGUAUUUUUCAUUUCUAUUAGUUAUAUGGUUAUCUAAAAAACAACUCAAACACCAUGUCUGUCUUAUAAAGUAUAUAUGUUAUCUCAGU